AUGACCGAGCAAAAUCAAUUGAAAAAGCAAAAGACUGCCGAUCAGCCUCCUAGACCGCAGAACAUCGGUAUCAAGGGCUUCGAGGUGUACAUUCCCUCGCAGUGCGUCAACCAAGCCGAUCUGGAAAAGUUUGACGGUGUCUCGCAGGGCAAGUACACCAUUGGCUUGGGUCAGACAAACAUGUCAUUUGUUAACGACAGAGAAGAUAUUUAUUCCAUGAGUCUGACGGUGCUAUCGAAGCUACUGAAAAACUACAACGUGGACCCACAGUCUAUCGGAAGAUUGGAAGUCGGAACCGAAACGCUGCUCGACAAAUCUAAGUCCGUCAAGUCAGUGUUGAUGCAGCUAUUUGGUGAAAACAGCGAUCUGGAAGGUAUUGACAACGUCAACGCUUGCUACGGUGGUACCAACGCCCUGUUCAACAGUUUGUCGUGGAUCGAAUCUUCUGCGUGGGACGGCCGCGACGCCGUGGUGGUGUGUGGUGACAUUGCCAUAUAUGACAAGGGCGCGGCCAGACCCACUGGAGGUGCUGGUACGGUAGCCAUGUUGAUUGGUCCAGACGCCCCUAUCGUGUUUGACUCCGUGAGAGGCUCUCACAUGGAGCACGUUUACGAUUUCUACAAGCCCGAUUUCACAAGCGAGUACCCUUACGUGGAUGGCCAUUUUUCUUUGAGCUGUUACGUGAGCGCUUUGGACAAGUGCUACCAGUCCUACUCCAAGAAGGCCAUUGCCAAGGGCCUUUCCCAGGAGGCCGCUGGCGCAAACGCUGUGAACGCCUCCGAAUUCUUCGAUUACAACGUUUUCCACGUCCCAACUUGCAAGCUGGUUGCCAAAUCCUACGCUAGACUGUUGUACAAUGACUUUAGAGCCAACCCAGCCCUAUACCCUGAUGUUGAUGCGUCGUUGGCUUCCCUAGAUUACGCUGCCAGCUUGACUGACAAGACCGUUGAGAAAACAUUCGUGGGCGUGGCCAAGGCCCAGCAAAAGGAAAAGGUCGCACCUUCUUUGGUUGUCCCCACUAACACUGGUAACAUGUACACCGGUUCCGUUUACGCCGCCUUAGCGUCUUUGCUCUUUUUCGUCGGAUCGGACGCGCUGCAGAAUAAGCGCGUGGGUCUCUACUCAUACGGCUCAGGCUUGGCGUCUUCCAUGUUCUCUUGCCGCGUUGUUGGUGAUAUCAAGUAUAUCACCGACGUGCUAAACUUCGACAAAAGGCUGCAAUCCAGAACCACAGAGUCUCCAGAGGGUUACGAGGAGGCCAUUAAGCUUAGAGAAGACGCCCACCUCCAAAAGGGCUUCCAACCAAAAGGCUCCAUUGAUCAUUUGCAAUCUGGUGUAUACUACUUAACCAGUGUUGAUGACAGAUUCAGAAGAGAGUACGCUGUCACUCCAUGA